AUGGCAGCUCCGGAGCCGCUGUCCCCGGCGGGCGGCGCGGGCGAGGAGGCGCCGGACGAGGAUGAGGACGAGGCGGAGGCCGAGGACCCCGAGCGGCCGGCUGGAGCGGGCAGCGCGCGCAGCGGAGGCGUCGGUGGCGGCGGAGGCGGCAGCGGAGGAGGAGGAGGCUGCGGGGCCGGGGCCGGGGCCGGGGGCUGCGGCGGGCCGGGGGGCGCGCUCACCAGGCGUGCGGUCACGCUGAGGGUGCUCCUCAAAGACGCGCUGUUGGAGCCGGGCGCCGGGGUGCUGUCCAUCUACUACCUGGGGAAGAAGUUCAUGGGGGACCUGCAGCCCGACGGGAGGAUCGUGUGGCAGGAAACGGGGCAGGUGUUCAACUCACCCAGCGCCUGGGCCACCCACUGCAAAAAGCUGGUGAACCCAGCCAAGAAGUCCGGCUGUGGCUGGGCCUCUGUCAAGUACAAGGGCCAGAAACUGGACAAGUACAAGGCAGCCUGGCUCCGGCGACACCAGCUCCACAUUCCCACCGCUGCUGCCGAUGAGAGCCCGGCCAGUGAAGGGGAGGAGGAGGAGCUGUUGAUGGAGGAAGAAGAGGAGGACGUUCUGGCAGGGGUCUCCACCGAGGACAAGAGUCGGAGACCACCUGCGAAGGGACCCUUGGAGCCUGCCCACCCAGAGGCCGUGCCCCCCGGGAAGCGGGUAGAAAACAAGAUCCGGGUGCCUGUGCGUUACUGCAUGUUGGGCAGUCGCGACUCUGCCAGGAACCCCCACACACUGGUGGAAGUAACAUCCUUCGCUGCCAUCAACAAGUUCCAGCCGUUCAACGUGGCCAUCUCCAGCAACGUGCUAUUCCUGCUGGACUUCCACAGCCACCUGACUCGCAGCGAGGUCGUGGGGUACCUGGGUGGCCGCUGGGACAUCAACAGCCAGAUGCUCACGGUGCUGAGAGCCUUCCCCUGUCGGAGCCGGCUAGGGGAUGCGGAUAUGGCCGCCACCAUGGAAGAGGAGAUCUACCAGAGCCUGCUCCUGCGGGGCCUGUCCCUGGUGGGCUGGUACCACAGCCACCCGCACAGCCCCGCGCUGCCAUCGCUGCAGGACAUCGACUCGCAGAUGGACUACCAGCUGCGCCUGCAGGGCUCCAGCAACGGCUUUCAGCCCUGCCUCGCGCUGCUCUGCUCCCCUUACUACUCUGGCAAUCCGGGCCCCGAGUCCAAGAUCUCACCCUUCUGGGUGAUGCCGCCGCCCGAGCAAAGGCCCAGUGACUACGGCAUCCCCAUGGACGUGGAGAUGGCCUACGUCCAGGACAACUUUCUGACUAAUGACAUCCUGCAUGAGAUGAUGUUGCUGGUGGAGUUCUACAAGGGCGCCCCGGACCUCGUGAGGUUCCAGGAGCCCUGGAGCCAGGAGCACACGUACCUCGACAAGCUGAAGAUCUCCCUGGCCAGCAGGACACCCAAGGACCAGGGCCUGUGCCACGUCCUGGAGCAGGUCUACGGCCUCCUUAAACAAGGGAGCUGAGGCACCACCACCUCCGAGGACCUCUGGUCAGACUCUGAACCCCCAGUGGUUCCGGCUCGGGGAAUGGGUCUGGGGGCUUUGUUUGUGGCACAGAUAAUAAAGGGGAGAAGCGAA